CUCUGCCACUGCAGUCAUGCAUUGGUCCUUCCACUUCGAGUUCUGGCAGACUUGGCAGUGGCGAAGUGUCCAUAGCAUUUCCAAGGAUUCUCCUUGAUCCGGCUAGGGCAUUAAAGAGGCUAAGGGCACCUACUCGCGUCAAGAAAAAGUUUGAUUCAGGCUCUAGAUGCUCACGCGGAGUCACGGACCAACAAGAAGUUUCCAGAUGCUUGGCCGCAAUUGAUCCUGGAUUCGCAGACUUUGGUUUGUACCAGCAUUUGUAGGAUUGAGCAUUGUUCCCGGCUUUAUUUUUGGGGAAAGUCUGCACCACCAAGUACGUCAAUACCUAGCGCAAAUUACAUCAGGAGCGCUGAUUAGCAGGGGUAGCCAGGUCUGACUGCAAUCUGCAGAUUUGACAAUUGAUCGUUCCAUAUUGAUGUGCAGACAACUGGUGAGGAGCUGCGAGCUGGCAAACACUGACGCAUCGAGCAGCUCUGCAUCCCUCAAAAGGUCAAGAAGGCUGCAAUGGGUCUCAGAAAAGCUGGAACCUCCAGACCUCGUCUUGUUGACAACGUUGCUGCCCAUGCAAACGGACUAACGCACAUUGCCUGGUCCACAAAUGGCAAGCACGUUCUGACUGGGGGCUGUGAUGGAAAGGUUACGAUUGCUGUGGCCCCAUCCAAGGAUGUAGAGGCAAAGACAGUGUGCAGCAUAAAUGACCAUGAGGAGCCGAUCACAGCACUGGCCGUCAGCCCCAGUGGGAAGCACUUUGCGUCUGCGGCUGAAGAUCACAUAGUGAAGCUAUACAGCUAUCCUGAUGGCAGGUUUGACAGCAACGUCACGCGCUUCGCCCUGCCCCUCCGCUCCCUCGCCUUCAGCGCCACCGGCGGGACCCUCGCGGCCGGGGGCGACGACGAGGGAAUCCGUCUGAUCUCCGUAGCCGAUGCCUCCAUCUCACAAGUGCUGAAAGGGCACCGUGGCUCCGUGAGCAGCCUAGCGUUUGACCCCCAGCACACACUCCUCGGCAGCAGCGGCAGCGAUGGCACCAUUUUGGUGCAUGACAUUGAGGCGGCAAAAGUGGUACACGAGCUGCGUGAGGUGGCGCCGAAAGGAAAAUCAGAGGAAGGGUUUGGGAACACAGUGGGGUGGCAUCCGGACGGGAAGCUGAUGGCGGUACCUGGGGCGGAGAAUCAGAUCCUCGUCAUCGACCGAGUCAGCGGAGAGGUCGCUUUCUCUCUGAGCGACAUCCACACACAGGCGGUGGCCACUCUUGCCUGGUCUCCCAAUGGCCGCUACCUCGCCAGUGCAGACCGGGAUCAGGUGGUUCUUAUUUGGGACAUGGCAAAGCGGGAUGUUUUGGGGCGGUAUGAUCACGUGGCCGACAUUUCGGGCCUUGCGUGGCGGCCCGGCGGGAACGACCUGGCAGUGGCAGACUGGGGAGGCAAUUACGGCAUCUGGGAGUCCGCCAUCCCCUUCCACCUCCCCAGCCCCUGCGGCUCUUCCGAGGCCGUCGAACCAGAAGUGUCCCUCCGUUUCAGCAUGCACGACUCGGACGAAGACGACAACUCACCCAGAAACAGUCAGGGCACCAGCAGCGGAGACCCAGAACUAGACGGCGAUGACGAAGAAGCCCCGGGAAAGGAAACCCGACAUGCGCCGCCGGCUAAGAAGGCUGCCAAGCCCGUUGCGAAAGAGGGAAGUGCGCUGGCAAAGGAAACUAGGGAUGAGGUCAGGAUUGUGGCGGCGGCGGUGCCGAUGCAACCGCCGUUUCAGUCCGGGGGCACAAGCGGGAACACCAGCCGGCGGCACUUUCUGGUGUACAACAUGCUGGGGUGCGUCACAUCGCAGCAGGAAGAGGGGCAUGCGACGGUCCAGGUAGAGUUCCACGACACCAGCCGUGCCGGCAGCCGUCUCCCCGCCCUCACCGACUUCUUCGGUUUCACAAUGGCUGCCCUUGGAGACGCGGGAGCGCUCCUCGCGGCGCCGAAGCGGGGCGGCAAGUCGCCGAGCGCUCUCAUGUUCCGGCCGCUCUCGAGCUGGGCGCCAAACGCGGAGUGGUCUGUUCGCUUGCCCGAGAGCGAGGAAGUGCUGGCGAUCGCUCUGGGGCGCUCCUUUAUCGCCGCUGCCACUUCCCUCGGUGUGCUGCGGAUAUUCUCUCUGGCCGGGGUGCAACGUUUUGUGGCCAGCUUAUCCGGGCCCGUGGUGUCUCUGGCUGCGCACGAGAGCCGACUGGCGGUCGUGACCCACGCGGGCGCUCCUCUGCCGGAUGGAAGCCAGGUGCUAGAAGUCGCUCAGUGGGACAUCGGAUCGCACGCGUUGUGUGGCCCGAGGGGCGCGCCCCUGAGGCUGGCUCUGAGCCCCAAGGCUACGCUGACGUGGCUCGGCUUCACGGAGGAGGGCCAGCUGGCAACCUAUGAUUCGCAGGGGAUGCUGCGCGUGUUGGUCGAAGAAAUGGGCGGCUGCUGGGUGCCUUUCUUCAGUUCUGCGAGCGAGCGGAAGAGUGCAAGCGAGCGCCACUGGGUGGUGGGCGUCGGCGACAAGGACCUGUACUGCAUCCUGUGCAAGGCGGACGGACCGGACGCACAGCCGCAGGUGACCCCCCGUCCCGUGCUCCGGCUGCUCCCGCUGGCGCUGCCGCUGCUUCCGGGGGACAGCGCCGCCCUGGAAGAGGAGGGCGUCAGGCUGACGUUGCAGCGCGCGCGCGCGCAGGCGCACCCCAGGCGAGAGGAGGAGAUCCUGGGGCUCGAGACCGCCCUGGACAGGAACCUGGUGCGCCAGAUGGCGGCCGCCUGCGCAGGCGACAACGCGGUGCGCGCGCUCGAGCUCGCGAGCCAGCUGGUGCUGCACAAGUCGCUGGAGGGCGCGCGGCUGUACGCGUCCACUCUGCGGAUGGGCGCGCUGGCCGAUAGGAUAUCCGCCCUGCAGCAGGACCAAAUGGAUGCGGAGGCCUCUCGCCCCCCUCCCGCCUACUCGACGACCCCCGUUCCGUCCGUCCGGCCGCCCUCCUUCCCUGGCACCACGACACCUCUUCCGGCGGAACCUCGAGAGCCCCAACUGCCACCCGUUACCCCGGCGUUCACUCCCGACCUCAACCCUGCGUCUAAACCCUCAUUCACGCCAGCCCCGAGCUCUAAUCCCGACGUCACACCGGCCAAGCCGCAAGAACCGGCCGCCACUAAGCCCUCCCAACAGAAAGAGGCCCCCGCUACGGUGUCAAAACCGGAGCUGAAAAUAUCUUCCGUGUUUGGGGUCGCGAAAGAGAUGAAGCCGAGCCCGUUUGCGAAAAAGGCGGCGCCCGCGGUCAAGGAAUCGCUCAUGAGCUCGCUGAGCUCGGCGCAGAAGCAGCAGGCCGUCGCGGCCGCGGCCGCGGCCGCGGGUGGGUUGAAGAGGAAGGGCUUGCAGAGCAGCGGGAUGAGUAACGUCGCGAAAGCUCCCAGGAAGUAGGUGCGGUUGAGGAGCAGCGGAAGUCUUUGCGUUACAAAAACGAUGUUGAUCAGCCACGAAGGUCAUCAAACACUGACCUUCCCAAUCAAGCGCGGAUUCCAUCAUGCGUACUCCCUUUCGG